AUGUCGACAAAGGCUGAACUUGCUUGCGUUUACUCCGCAUUGAUCCUCGCUGAUGAUGAUGUUGCUGUAACUGGUGAGAAAAUUCAGACUAUUCUGAAAGCCGCCAACGUUGAAGUUGAGCCUUACUGGCCAGGACUUUUCGCCAAGGCUCUGGAAGGUAUCAACAUCAAGGACCUCAUCACCAAUGUAGGAUCCGGUGUUGGAGCCGCACCAGCUGGCGGAGCUCCAGUAGCUGCCGCUGCUGCUGCAGACGCUGCCCCCGCGGCCAAGGAAGCCGAGAAAAAGAAGGAGGAACCCGAAGAAGAGUCUGAUGAUGACAUGGGUUUCGGUCUCUUUGACUAA